AUGCUGACAAUGGUUGGUGUCAAAGUAGAACUGUCAUCUACAGAAGAAGAAUUAUUGAACGUUUUGGGUAAAAAUGUCGAUGGGAUCUCCAACGACGAACUUAUGAAACAAACUGCGGACAUGGAUAGUAAAGCCCGUGGAGACGCUGUUAAUAAACUUUUGGCUCUGGGGAAAAUUGAGAUGUUACCUGGUACAUCAAUCGGCUCCUUUUCACUUCGCUUAAGGCACACUACUGAAAUUCCUGGUCUUUCUGCAGAGGAGCAACUGGUUUAUUCGGUAAUAGAAGAGACUGGAAAGAUGGGAAUAGCUCUUCGGGAAAUAAGAACUAAAACUGGACUCACUCAGUUACAGAUAAAGAGGGCUUUGAACGCAGUUGAAAAUAGGAAACUCGUGAAGUCUGUAAAAGUGAUUACACCAAGGUCCAACUUUCAGGCCGUAGGCUCUUCUGCAAGAGCUGCUAAGAAGUAUAUGCUUUAUGAGGUUGAAGCUGACGAGUCUUUAACAGGUGGUACAUUUUAUUCGGACCAGCAGCUUGACUCUCAGUUUGUGGAGACUUUGGUUCACGUUUGUGUUGCCAUGCUCCAGAGUAAGCGGAAAAUGGCUGAAGAAAAUCACAAGAAUGAUCCAUUAGCUGCAAAAGAGUUCUCCUAUGUACGAUCAUCCGAAGUGGCAAGUUUUGUUGCUGAGAAAGGAGUAUGUCGUGUGCACUUGUCACUUAAAGACAUAGAAAGGAUUCUGGAAAUAGCAGCGCUAGAUAACUCCGUUGAACGCCGAGCAGAUGGCCUUUAUAGGGCAACAAAUUGUUCUUGUUCUGUUCGGUCGGCAGUGGCUUUAGUGCCCUGCAUACAUUGCCCUGUUGCAAGGGAUUGUAAGUCUGGCUAUAUGAUUUCACCGCAGACGUGCUCUUACUUUAAUGACUGGCUAAAGCAGGUUUGA